GUCUGCAUCGUACACUCCAGCACUCGUACAGUCACCGCUGUUUCAGGUGGCUGUCGCCCUUCAGGAAUGGGUAAUGCUACCAUGAACUCAGAGGUGAGGCUGAAGUGGUUUCGCAUUUCUCACAGGGCGAGCAAAGUUCGCCCAUCGCGGGAGCUCGUUGGGAGUUUGUAACAUAAUAGCAUCAACCAAAUUUUUCUUUAUCAUCACCCUCAGCCCUUUCACCCACCAUGGCAGCUGCAAACGGAGAUAUGGCGACAGAGUCUCUCUUCUCUUCGUCUCUUAUCUCUCCGGCAGUUGUUCAAGCGCUACCGGAGGGCUAUACAAUUCGGCCGCUGCAACGAGGCGACUAUGACCUAGGAUUUCUAGACGUGCUGAGAGUAUUGACACAUGUUGGCGACAUUCCCAAGCAAGAGUUUGAACAGCGCUGGGAGGAGAUGAAGGGAGGUGCGGGUGGAUAUCACGUGCUUGUCAUCCUUGAUGGUCAGCACAAGAUUGUUGGCACCGGAGCGCUCAUUGUGGAGCGAAAGUUCAUCCAUCAUCUUGGCUUGGUUGGUCAUAUCGAAGACAUUGCUGUAGCGAAGGACCAGCAGGGCAAGAAGCUUGGCCUUCGCAUCAUUCAGGCAUUGGACUUCGUAGCCGAGAAUACAGGCUGCUACAAAACGAUCUUGGACUGCUCGGAGGCUAAUGAAGGUUUCUAUGUGAAGUGUGGUUUUAAACGAGCAGGUUUGGAGAUGGCACACUACUACGGGCAAAUAUGAUCGACGCUUCUCGCUUAACGCGAGGUAGGACUGACUGACAUGGACUAAUGCCCUGAAACCGGGCUAUGGCAUCUGAGCGUAUGAAAGCUGUCGGGCAUUGAAGCGCUCUAAGGAUAGGAGCAGUGGAAAGCACGCUUAGGCACUUUCAGAAAGGCACGAGAUGGUCAGCUAAAGUCAUGUUGAUGACUAGAUAGACCAUGUGGCAUUGCACAAUAGUACUAUAUCACAUUGAAUGGAUGUGCAGCAACCCAUGGCCAUCCCGUGCUUGCCAAGUCUCUCAACC